AUGCCUUCUCCAAUCGUUCACAACGCCCAAAUUCGACACGGACCAUUAAAGCCCCCAAAUUUAAGUCGCAGUGCAACUGCUACAGAUACAAGUCUUGGUCAAGUAUUUCUCGAAUGUAUAGCUAGCCAUGCUGAUCCAUCCCUGGCAAAAUGGUUCUUUGGGGACAGAGAAAUAACUAACGAGACUGGAGUAUAUAAUUUUAGUCAGGAACAUCAAGAUGGACAGAGAGACAAAUUUAGCUGUGAAAUUAAAGUAAAUUUUAUUUUAAUUACCUAAUGAUUUUCUAAAAUAGAAUUUCCCCAAAAAAGUAGUGCUUCUCUAAAGUAAAUAUUAUCUCUGAUAUUUAUGAUGUAGCAUAUAUAUAAAUUUUGAGAAUAACUUUGAGGUGUUUUGUAAAAGAGACACUGAAAUUUACAGAUGACACCUCAUAUUCUAUAAUUUUUUCGAAAUUUUAUCAUCCUAUUUUAAGGACGUCUCUCAGCCUAUUAGAUAAAUUAAAAAUGUUCUUAGCAUGCAAUUCUUGCUAUUUUCUGAGAUGGGCUCGGUCGUU